GGACAUGGUGGACGCUCUGUGCUGUAUGCGAGCUCAAACGCUCCGCGCCGCGCCGCGAUUUGACGGAAAAUGUUAAAAAACCGGGAAGUGCUGGUAAGUGCAACUUGUGUCGCCGUGUUUUGCUUGUUGGCUUGAGCUGGUCGGAACAACUCCGCUGACCUCCACGGGGAGGCAGGAAGAAAGGCUCGUAUCCGGCCGGCCGCAGCGCGAGGAAGGCGGAUGGACGGCUCGUUAGCUUCCCGCUGUUAGCAUGCUGAUGCCGCUGGCGAGUGGGUGAGUUGUUGGGCGGCUAGCUGGUGGAAGGCAAGCUUGGAAGCUUCCUGACGACGACGACGACGCGGCGUCUUUUGGUACUUCAGCCUGCGUGGAAAUGGCGACAGCGACCGGCCGGAAGCUUUCCCAAGAUGACAUGAUGGUUCCCGUGCUGAGCUCCAAAAAAGCCAGCGAGCUGCCCGUCAACGAGGUGGCGUGCGCUCUGCAGGCCAACCUUCAGUACGGGCUCGGCGAGGACGAGGUGUCUCGACGCAGGGUCUACCACGGCUGGAACGAAUUCGACAUCAGCGAGGACGAGCCGCUAUGGAUGAAGUACAUCUCGCAGUUCAAAGAUCCGCUGAUCCUGCUGCUGCUGGCGUCGGCCGUCAUCAGCGUCCUCAUGCGGCAGUUUGACGACGCCAUCAGCAUCACCGUGGCCAUCGUCAUCGUCGUCACCGUCGCCUUUGUUCAGGAGUAUCGCUCAGAGAAGUCUCUGGAAGAGCUGGGAAAACUGGUCCCGCCGCAAUGUCACUGUAUCCGCGAAGGUCAGCUGCAGCGCAUGCUGGCCAGAGAGCUGGUCCCAGGAGACACGGUGUGCCUGACGGUGGGAGAGCGCGUCCCGGCGGACCUGCGCCUCUUCGAGGCCGGCGACCUUUCCGUGGACGAGUCCAGCCUGACGGGGGAGACGGCGCCCUGCGCGAAGUCCACCGCGUCCCAGCCGGCCGCCGGCAAUGGUGACAUCGCUUCCCGCGGCAACGUAGCCUUCAUGGGGACGCUGGUGCGCUGCGGCAAAGCCAAGGGUAUCGUCAUCGGAACAGGAGAGAACUCGGAGUUCGGGGAGGUCUUCAAGAUGAUGCAAGCGGAGGAGGCUCCCAAGACGCCGCUGCAGAAGAGCAUGGACCUGCUGGGCAAGCAGCUCUCGCUCUAUUCCUUCGGCAUCAUCGGGGUCAUCAUGCUGGUGGGCUGGCUGCAGGGCAAGAGGGUCAUGGACAUGUUCACCAUCGGCGUCAGUCUGGCGGUGGCGGCCAUUCCCGAGGGUCUCCCCAUCGUGGUGACGGUGACACUGGCCCUGGGCGUCAUGCGCAUGGUGAAGAAGAGAGCCAUCGUCAAGAAGCUCCCCAUCGUGGAGACCCUAAGCUGCUGCAACGUCAUCUGCUCGGACAAGACGGGAACGCUCACCAAGAACGAGAUGACCGUCACGCAGAUGUUCACGUCGGACGGACUCCACGCCGAGGUGACGGGCGUGGGCUACAACGGCGCCGGAGAGGUUUUAGCGGACGGGGAAAUUGUGCACGGCUUUUCUCACCCUUCUCUCAGCAAGAUCGUGGAGGUGGGCUGCGUGUGUAACGACUCCGUCAUCAGGAACGGGACUCUGCUGGGAAGGCCCACGGAGGGCGCGCUCGUGGCCCUCGCCAUGAAGAUGGGUCUGGAGGGCGUCCAGCAGGAGUACGUGCGUCUGGAGGAGCAUCCCUUCACCUCAGACAAGAAGUGGAUGGCGGUGCGGUGCGUUCACCGUACGCAGCAGGAUAAGGCGGGCGUGUUGUUCGUGAAGGGCGCCUACGAGCGGGUGAUCCGCUUCUGCGGCUCCUACGACGGCCGAGGCGGCGCCCGUCCUCUCGACCAGCAGCAGUUGGAGCUCUACCUGCAGCAGAUCAGCUACAUGGGCACCGCCGGCCUCCGAGUGUUGGCGUUCGCUUCCGGGCACGAGAUGGGAACCUUGACCUUCCUGGGCCUGGUGGGCAUCAUCGACCCGCCCAGGUCGGGGGUCAAAGAGGCGGUGAGCACGCUCAUCGCCUCGGGCGUCGCCAUCAAAAUGAUCACCGGCGACUCUCAGGAGACCGCCGCCUCCAUAGCCGGUCGUCUGGGACUGUGGUCCAAAGGAGGCGAGUGUUUGUCGGGUGAGGAAGUCGACCGUCUGGACCUGCAGCAGCUGUCACAAAUCGUCCCCCGAAUCUCCGUGUUCUACAGAGCCAGCCCCAGACACAAGCUCAAGAUUGUCAAGUCUCUGCAGAACACGGGCGCCGUGGUGGCCAUGACGGGCGACGGCGUGAACGAUGCGGUGGCCCUGAAAGCGGCCGACAUCGGCGUGGCCAUGGGCCGCGCCGGGACCGACGUCUGCAAGGAGGCCGCCGACAUGAUCCUGGUGGACGACGACUUCAACACCAUCAUGUCGGCCAUCGAGGAGGGAAAAGGAAUCUACAACAACAUCAAGAACUUUGUGCGCUUCCAACUCAGCACGAGCAUCGCGGCGCUAACCCUCAUCUCGUUGGCGACGCUGAUGAACUUCCCCAACCCGCUGAACGCCAUGCAGAUCCUUUGGAUCAACAUCAUCAUGGACGGGCCGCCCGCGCAGAGUUUGGGCGUGGAGCCGGUGGACCGCGCUGUGAUCCUGAAGCCCCCUCGCAACGUUUCCGACAGCAUCAUCACACGCAGCCUCAUCGCCAAAGUUCUGCUGUCGGCCUUCGUCAUCGUCUGUGGGACGCUCUUCGUCUUCUGGAGAGAGCUCCAGGACAACGUGAUCACGCCUCGAGACACCACCGUGACCUUCACCUGCUUCGUCUUCUUCGACAUGUUCAACGCGCUCAGCUCGCGCUCGCAGACGCGCAUGGUGCACGAGAUGGGCCUGUGCAGCAACCGCACGUUCUGCCUGGCCGUGCUGGCGUCCAUCAUGGGCCAGCUGCUGGUGGUCUACUUCCCGCCGCUGCAGCGCGUCUUCCAGACCGAGAGCCUCAGCCUGUCCGACCUGCUGUUCCUGGUGGCGCUGACCUCGUCCGUGUGCGUCGUGUCAGAGGCCGUCAAAAAAGCGGAGAGGUGGCGAGGCGCGCCGCAGAGGGCGCCCUCCGACUGCUUCCAUCAGGUAUGACGCAAAGCGGGGCGACCCGCCAGCGACGGAAGGACAAAACGGCCCGAACCCCCCCGUCCGCCCCCUGCUGGCCGGCGGCCUCAU